UGCACUGCCAUGCCGUCACGCAAAACUUUGACAGUUGAUUGAAUGAUAUGAACUUUAUCAACUUGAAAGAUUAGGAGUAGCUUUUUAGAAUUGAAAAUAAAUUGUUUCGCGCGUUUGUGUCAUAGUAAUCCUUUUUAUUCUACAAAAUGGCGUAUCAACAAAAUACUUCAAUGAAAGAAAAAACUGUGUGUCCUUUUAAGGAAAAAUGCUAUCGAAAGAAUCCAAUUCAUUUCAGCGAAAUGUCUCAUUUGCAUUUGGAAAGAUUGAUCGAAGAUCAAUUAUACGGUGAUAUUAUUUUACCUAGUCAAUUGGGUUUUGAAUGUCCAGAUAGAUCAGCACUAUUAGAACAACUCAAAGUUUUGCAAAUUGUCAUGAGAAAAGAAGGUAGAGGUAAAGUUCAUAAAGUAGCAGGAGAGACCAGUGUUGAUAAAGCAACAGUCAGUAGUAAAUAUAGUACUUCUCCUAAAAAAGGAAUGGAAUCAGAAGACAUGAAAACAAAAAUAGAAAAGAGUAGACAAUCAGCAAUAGAAAAAAGAAAAUCAAAACAACAAGAAAAUGAGUCUUAUAAAAAAUUGAAAGUUGAGAGUGAUCCAAGUCUUCCAACCACAUCAAAAUCCAGUCAAGCAGAAUCAAGAGAAUCAAAAGAUAAAUCUGAAAAUCUUGUGAUCGAUAGUUUUGCUGCUGCAGAUAAAAGAGAAGUAAGAUUCAAAUUAAGGGAUAGAACUUUGGCAAGAAUGGCAUCAUCUGGAAUAAAAUUAAAAUUGACAGAGCCUGGAGAUUUUGCUAUAAAAUUUGCAUUGUCAGCUCCAUACCACUAUUUUUUUAAUAAAGUAGAAGAUUCUAAAGUUACGCAUGAUCAGCAGUUCACAGUAAGUUUUCCAGAAUUGUUGGAUAUAGGAUUGGGUGAAAUUGUCAAAAGCCUUCAUAUCAAUUUUAUGGUUGAAAUUGGAUGGCUGUGUUUACAAUAUUUGCUUGCUGCACAACCUGCCAAUAUGACAAUAUUUUAUCAUGAAAUAGUAGAUCCUCAAUCUCAUUUACCAGCAAAUAUUAAAGCUUUCAAAGUUCCAGUGCCUACAGCUUAUAGUAGUCAUCAUACAAAAAUAUCCGUGCUUAAGUAUGUUGAUGGUGGAAUUCGUGUAAUUGUGUCAACUGCUAAUAUUUAUAGCGAUGAUUGGAAAAACAGAACUCAAGGAGUAUGGGUAUCACCACACUUACCAAAAUUACCUGAUGAAACUAGUUCAGAAGAGGGAGAAUCACCAACAAAGUUUAAAAAAAGCUUUCAAAAAUAUCUAGCUUCUUACAAACAUACAGAUCUUAAUGAAUGGAUUAGCAUUAUAAAGAGAGCAGAUUUUUCUUCAGUUAAUGUCUUUUUUGUUGCUUCUGUACCAGGCAGUCAUAAAGAUGAUAAUUUCAAUUCUUGGGGCCUCCAACAAAUUUCAAGUAUUUUUUCAGAUCAUUUAAUACUGCCUCCUGAUGCAUCAGAUUGGGGAAUAAUUGCUCAAGCAUCUAGCAUUGGAAGUUUAGGAUCAAGUAUUGAUGGUUGGCUAAGCACAGACCUUAUUUCUUCCAUGGCAAAAGGAAAAAGUUCUAGAAUUAAUAGAAAUCCUAGCUUCCAAUUUGUAUACCCAUCAUCAAGGAAUUAUGCAUCAAGUUUUGAUUGUGCCGAUGGAUCAUGUUGUUUACCUUACUCUGAAACAGUACAUUUAAAACAACAAUGGUUGAACAGAUAUUUAUAUGUAUGGAAAUCAGAUGAAAUAGGUCGUACUAAAGCAAUACCUCACAGUAAAACUUAUGUAAGAAUAUCACCCGAUCAAUCAAAAGCUGCAUGGUUCAUACUUACAAGCGCAAAUUUAAGUAAGGCAGCUUGGGGCUCUGCAGCCAAAAAAACGCGUUCUCAGUACAUUAUGAAUUAUGAAGCUGGAGUAGUAUUUUUACCUCAGUUUGUGAUCAAUGAAUCGACUUUUCCUCUCAAACAAACUUCUGAAAAUUGUUCUAUUUUGAGACUGCCUUAUGAUUUGCCUCUUCAAAAGUAUAAAGAUUCUGAUGAGCCUUUUGCUCAUUGAAAUUUCUGAUUAUUUUUUGGAUAAAAUUCGUGUAAAUAAAAUGUGCAUUACACGUUUAUGUUUGUUAAGUUUUUAUUUUUGGAUUAUUAUUGUAUCAUUUUGUUGUCAUAUUGUAAAAAUGCCACGAAUCAUGAAGUGUGAUCUAUAUUUUUAAAUAGUUAUACAAGUAUUCAAUACUUAA